AUGAGGAAGUAUCGGAAAGUCGAUCCUUAUACGAUUAAUGAAUGUAUGCAUACGUUUUGUCGAACGUGUAUAUUAAAUUAUUUUUUACAUUUUGUUGAACGUCCCUAUCGUUGUCCGAGAUGUAAAAUAAAUUUACAUCCAUCUGAUUUUAAACGAUGUUUACAACCCGAUCGUCAAAUGGGUGAAGUAUUACACGCAUUAUUACCCGGUCUCGAACAAGAUGAAACUUUAAAUGAAAAACAUUUUUAUGAGUCUUCAUUGUCGUCGUCAUCAAUACAAAUUAUACCAAAAGAAUUACGUUUAAAAUUACGUUUGAAUAAAAAUCGAUUAAAAACAUUUCGUUAUAUUGACUCGUUAGGAAAUGUACAUAUUAGACAACAACAAAAUUUAGAUGAAAAUAAUACACGAUAUAUCGCUGUUAAAUCAACCACAAAUACUACUGAACAUGAACCAACGUCGACAGCAACAAUUAUUCCACGAAAAUUUCUUCACACUCGUCCAUUUUGUUUACAAAUUGAAUUAUGUAAAAAAUAUGUUGAUCCAGAAUUAAUUAAUUAUUUUAAAAAUGGUUUUAAUACAUUUCUAUUAAUUAAUUCUCAAUUGAAAGUUGAACAUAUUCGAAAAUAUUUAGAAUCUGUGUUUAAUGUUAGCCCACCAAUAUAUAAUAUUUAUUUAUAUUUUUAUGAAAGUUGUUUAAAUGAAUCGACAAAAUUAUUAAUGAUUAAAAAAAUGCUAUUUCCAACUACGGAUAGAAUUAAACUUCAUUUUGUUAUUGUCAAAAAUCAAGACAUAUCUACAACACUCAAUUGA